UGUCUCUGUGCGUCUCUCUCUGCACCACAGUGAGUCUCUCUGAUCCCUCUCUCUCUAGGGCUCCGUGCAGCCGAGGGAGGUGAAGGGAGGAAAGUGAAGGCUACUCUUCCUCUUUCUCGAAAUCCCCGUUUUGCCCCUCCGUAGGCUCCAACUGGUCCUAGAAUUCCAUGCCGACUCUGCCACAAAAAUGGCACAGGAGUGGAGGUUAGAGGUGGAGGGAAACGCUUUGUUUUCUCUCUCUCUUUUAAUCUCUGUGUCUCUCAGGCACUCUUCCACCGCCAACUUUUCUUCCUCCCACAUUUUGUUCAUUAAGGGUUUUUAUCCUUCUCGACUUGCUUAUACUCGACAGCUCUAGACGCUUGACGUUGCAUCUCUGAAUGCCUUUCCUUCUUCUUGGAGUUUCUCGGCUUUUCAGGGGGUUUUUUGGUGGAGCAGGAGGUUUAGGGUUUUCCAAGUUGGUUGCUCCCAGUUUUCGAUUUUUUUUUUCCUCUGUCCUGAACUCCUUUCAUGGUUUCCUGUUCAUCUUUUCACUUUGAUCUGUUGUUGUAGAUCUGGGGAGUAGUUGUUUGGUCGUUUAGGCGGGGCUUUUGGCGAUAGGGAAUGUGGGUGAGGUUGUAGUUGGUGAGACUCCCUGGGGUUUUGAUUUUUCGCAUGUUUUUGGGAGAGACUGCUUUUAUAUUAUUUUCUUUUUGAUACGCAAGCUCGGGGUAGACCCCGUUGGAUUCGAAUCCCAGGCCCUUAAGUUCUAGCUACUGCCCUUCUAUACCCGCCGGAGAUUCUAUCUUUUAUAGGAUCGCUUUUUCUCCCACUUUUUUUUUUUCUUUCCUUUUUUCCGGGUGAUCUUUUGGUGUGUGGAAACAACGGCUGGGAAAAGCGAGGGAAAUUAGAGGGUUUUAGGUUUGGAAGGGGUUGAUCUAUGUGUAUACAGUCCCUUUCGAGGUUUCUUUCUCUUCCAUGGUCUUUAUGAGUCAGUAAACCCUUGAGACUUUGAGGGUGUUUCUUGCUCUGCAUAGAUCUGCUCUGUUGGAGGGUUUGCGAGGGUUUUAGUUCAAGGUUGCCUUCCCACAUUGAUGAUCUGCAUUUCAUUGAGAAUGUUGUCUCUUUCCUGUAUUCCCAUUGUCAAUACAGAAGAAUGGUGUUGGUGAUCUGCUGCAAAAGGAUGGUUUUUAUCUAAAGGAGGUGAAGGCCAAGGUGAGGAGAAGAGCUUAAGGUUGGUGGUGCUGGAGCAUCUCUCAGGUUCUUAAAAGGGUCAUUUUGAAGCUCUUAGACAUGUCGAUCGGUUGCCUAGGGGAUGAUGGUUUGUAGCUUUUGCGCUGAUACUUUCUCAAACGAAUGAACCAGUCAGUUAGGUCGAUUCUCAUGUGCAUGAUUUCAUAGAGUUCGAUAUCAAAGUCUAUGUUAGAAAUUAUCUUUAGAACAUCCCAAGUAGUUCAAUUACUUAGUUUAGUUUCAGUCCCCAUCCCCCUUCUCUGUAAGCCUGGAACUUUGUCGCUAAAAAUUUGUAGAGGAUCCGACCUGAAGUUGCUGAGAGUUUAGUAAAAGAAGUGGGACCUCGUAGGCGUAAAUAUGAAUUUCUUUAAUGGGAAACUCUUUAAGAAGGGUCAUAAGAAAACUGAGGGAAAAGAUCCAGAACUGAAUCAGGUACCAAGCGAAGUCAACAUUAUAAAGGAGGAAUCGCAACCUGCACCAGUUAUAAAUGACAAUGAUAAUUCUGGAGACAUGGAGGACGACGACGAUGAUUUCAUAACUGGUGAAGUGAAGAGGCGUUUGAAAGAACUAAGGAAGAACAGUUUCAUGGUAGAGAUACCCGAGGAGGAUGGGUACAUGGAGGAGGAAUCGAGCUCCAGUGAGUGGAGAGAUUCCGAGGCUGAGGAUAGCAGUUCAUGUUCCGCGUUCGAAAACGUGUACGACAAGUAUAGCGAGAAGAUGCUGUUCUUUGAUAAGGUUACUGCUGAGCAGAUGCCUGACGCAGGGUCGCCCUUGCCUGCCAAAAGAACUCCAACGUCUACAACAAAGAAGUUGGCAUCAACUCUUCGGCGUUUGUCACUGAAGAAGCAGGGAUUUCAUGAUGAUGCUGAACAGCUGCAAGCGCCGCAUGAUCCAUAUCAAGAGCUUGAAACUGCAUAUGUGGCUCAAGUUUGCUUGACUUGGGAAGCUCUUCACUGCCUAUACAAACAGGCCAGAGAGAAGAUUAUAUCAACUGAAUGCCAACUUCAUCCAUGUUAUGCCCGUGUUGCUGAGCACUUUCAGCAAUUUCAAGUUCUGCUACAGAGGUUCAUUGAGAAUGAGCCUUUUGAACCCGGUAAUAGACCGGAGAUUUAUGCCCGGGCUAGAGUUUCCAUGCCAAAGUUGCUUCAGGUCCCGAGCUUUCAAGGUGCUGACCAGAAAGAAACUAGUGAAGAGUCGGACUCGGAUUCAUCCGCCUCUUUCUCUGACCUCCUUCGGUUAAUUCAAGAUUCUAUUCUGAUCUUCCGCCAGUUUCUCAAGGCAGAUAAGAAAAAACCAGCUAGCUUUCUGAAUGUUUUUGGAGGCCAUAGCCAGGCUUCCGGUCCACUUCAUCAGAUUAAAACUGAUCUUGACAAGAAAAAGAUGAAACUGAAGGAGCUAUUCAAGAAAAAGAAAGGGUGGAAAAGGAAAUCCUGGCCAGAGUCACCUGAAGAAAUAGAACUUUUGCUUGGUCUCAUUGAUAUGAGGAUAGUGUCUAGGGUGCUGAGGAUGGGGAGGAUUAACGAAGAGCAGUUGCACUGGUGUGCAGAGAAGAUCGGGAAGCUGGAUUUUCCAGGAGGCAGCUUACAGAGGAAUGCCUCUCCUAUUCUCUUUCCAUGUUGAUUCCAGCUACUAGAAUGGGCUUUUUCCUGGUCUCUGGUGGCAGAUUUAGCUCGACGUCUGUAUUGGUGGCUAAGUAUAAAGUUGGGUACUUGGGUUUAAUGACUGUAUUGCGAACAGUUACGUGUAUUGAACCUGGUGGUUGGAUUAUUCUAAACUACCUUGCUCAAAUCAUCUCUUAGGAAGGUGCUAAUUUGGAUCAGAAUAGAGCUGUAUUUACCUAUAUUCUGUAAUUUAUGAAUCUCACUGCCUACCCUGUCUAGCUGAUUCGCACUGUGGUCAGCAAAAAACAAAAAGCUGAAUACUGGUCACUAGUAAUGUUUUUCUUAUCA